AUGGCUGCUGCCACCGCCUUGGACGUCUCAGGCUACGAUCGACCAACGGAACUCAAAGCUUUCGACCAAACAAAAACAGGUGUUAAAGGCCUCGUCGAUGCCGGAAUCCGCCAAAUCCCUCGCAUCUUCAUCCACCCACCGGAAACCUCCCCCAAAACCUCCACAACUUUCGAGAUUCCAAUCGUCGACCUUGGAUCAAACGAUAGAGCAUCGACGGUGGAGAAGAUCCGUGCGGCGUCGGAGAAUCUAGGUUUCUUUCAAGUGGUGAAUCACGGGAUCCCUGUGAGUGUUAUGGACGAGAUGCUUCAAGGAGUUCGUAGAUUUCACGAACAAGAUAUGGAGGUGAAAAAACGAUUAUACUCGAGAGAUUUCUCGAGAAGCGUCGUGUAUAAUAGCAACUUCGAUCUUUACAGUUCCGCCGCCGCGAACUGGAGAGACACAUUCUAUUCAUUUAUGGCUCCGUCACCUCCGCCGCCUGAUGAAUUGUCGGAAGUUUGCAGAGACAUACAAAUCGAGUAUUCAAAUCAAGUGAUGAAACUAGGCAGCUUACUAUUCCGAUUGAUCUCUGAGGCUUUAGGACUGACUGCAAAUCAUUUACGAGAUUUGGAUUGUGACAAAGGGCUUGCAUUCCUCGGCCAUUGUUAUCCUCCUUGUCCACAACCAGAUCUUACCAUGGGUACAACUAAACACACAGACGCUGGAUUCCUAACUGUUCUUCUACAAGAUGAAAUUGGAGGCCUCCAAAUUCUCCAUCAAAAUCAAUGGAUUGAUGUUCCUCCAACCCCUGGUGCCCUUGUGAUCAACAUUGGAGAUCUAUUACAGAUGAUAUCGAAUGACAAAUUGAGGAGUGUGGAGCAUAGAGUGGUGGCAAAUGAGAAAGGGCUGAGAGUGUCGGUGGCGUGUUUCUUCACCACCGCUUUAGCACCGUCGACGAAGGUGUAUGGUCCGAUCAAAGAGCUGGUUUCCGAUGAGAACCCACCGAGAUACAGAGAAACCACCGUUCAGGAGUACUCUCAAUAUUCUUUCUCUACAGGCCUUGGUGUUCCUCGUUUGGAUCAUUUGAAGAUAUAA